AGCCAGCGCAUCGCUUGGACCGGCAGAUGUGUGUAGAGUUUCUCUGCCUUUUUUUCCUGAACUUUCUAUCAGGAUGUUUUUCUCUGGUGGGCAAUAUGGCCAUUUAGGCAGACCUGAAGAAGUUUUGCUGACAUUCAAGAUAUUCCUUAUCAUCAUUUGUCUUCAUGUUGUUUUGGUUACAUCACUGAAAGAAAAUGCUGAUAAUUCCAGUUUGUUAUCACCAUCUGCUGAAUCAUCUCUUGUCAGUGUUGUCCCGUACUCCAAUGGUACUCCAGGGGCAGAAACUACAAGCCUCGAUGAUGCUACUUCAAGUGUAUUGUCUACUUUAAACAAAACAGAAAAAACUAAAAUCACUAUAGUAAAAACCUUCAAUGCAUCAGGUGUAAAAUCCCAGAGAAAUAUUUGUAAUUUGUCAUCCAUUUGCAAUGAUUCAGUGUUUUUUAGAGGUGAGAUAAUGUUUCAAUAUGAUGAAGAACACAAUAUUUCCCAGGAUCAAGAUAUAGCUAAUGGCACCUUCACUGGAGUCUUGUCUCUAAGUGAACUGAAACGAUCAGAGCUCAACAAAACCCUACAAACCCUAAGCGAGACUUAUUUUAUGGUAUGUGCUACAGCAGAGGCCCAAAGCACAUUAAAUUGUACAUUCACAAUAAAACUGAAUGAGACAAUGAAUGUAUGUGCUGUAAUGGUUGCUUUGAAAAAAGUACAGAUUCGACCAAUGGAGCAGUGCUGCUGUUCUGUCAGGACACCCUGUCCUUCUUCGCCUGAAGAGUUGGAAAAACUGAAGUGUGAUUUGCAGAAUCCCAUUGUCUGUCCUGAUCAUCCACAUGGCCCACUGUUUUCUUCUUCCAUCAAACCUAUCCCAGUUGCACGUCAAGUCACCAUUCUUCCCCACAUCUCCAGUGCCUUCUCUCUUGCUGAUCCCCUUGAUCAACCCCCUGUGACCCAGAACACUCCCUCUCUGACAUGGAAGAAUCACCUUUCUUCUCCCCAGCCUUCAGCUUCUGUAGCUUCCAGUCCUGCCAUUGACUUGCCUGCCCAAUCUGGAACUAUCUCUUCCCCUCUGUCCCAAACCAGUCUUUCUCUUACCUCACAACCUGUAAGGCCCUCACUUCCCUCUUCUACCGAGUCUGCUCCUGAGAAUGUUGUCACUGUCAGCACACCUUCUGGCAAGACAGACAUUGUCAACACCAGCAGUGUUGCUGAUCUUGAGAACCAAGUGUCCCAGAUGGAGAAAGCUCUGUCCUUAGGCAGCUUGGAGCCUAACCUCGCGGGCGAAAUGAUAAACCAAGUCAGCAGACUUCUUCAUUCCCCACCAGCCUCACUGGCCCCUCUGGCCCAAAGGUUGCUAAAAGUAGUAGAUGACAUUGGCUUACAAUUGAAUUUUUCAAACAAGACCAUAAGCCUAACCUCUCCUUCUUUGGCUCUGGCUGUGAUCAGAGUGAAUGCCAGUAAUUUCGACACAACUACCUUUGCAGCCCAAGACCCUGCAAAUCUUCAGGUUUGUCUGGAAACCCACGCUCCUGAGAAUAGUAUUGGCGUUAUUACUCUUCCUUCAACGCUGAUGAGUAAUUUGCCAGCUAAUGAUGUGCGGCUAGCUUCCAGGGUUCAGUUCAACUUUUUUGAAACACCUGCCCUUUUUCAGGACCCUUCACUGGAUAACCUCUCUCUGAUCAGCUAUGUCAUAUCAUCGAGUAUUGCAAACCUGACUGUCAAGAACUUGACAAGAAAUGUGACGGUCACACUGAAACACAUCAACUCAAGCCAGGAUGACUUCACAGUGAGAUGUGUAUUUUGGGACUUGAGCAGAAAUGGUGGCAGAGGAGGCUGGUCAUCUGAUGGCUGCUCUGUCAAAGACAAGAGGUUGAAUGAAACCAUCUGUACCUGCAGCCACCUUACAAGCUUCAGUGUUCUAUUGGACCUAUCUCGGACAUCCUUACCACCUGGUCAAAUGAUGGCUCUGACGUUUAUCACAUAUAUUGGCUGUGGGCUUUCAUCAGUUUUUCUGUCAGUUAGUCUCGUAACCUACGUAGCCUUUGAAAAGAUCCGGAGGGAUUACCCCUCCAAAAUCCUCAUCCAGCUAUGUGCUGCCUUGCUUCUGCUGAACCUGGUCUUCCUCCUAGACUCCUGGAUUGCUCUGUAUAACAUGCGAGGCCUCUGUAUCUCAGUGGCUGUAUUUCUUCAUUAUUUUCUCUUGGUUUCAUUCACAUGGAUGGGCCUGGAAGCAUUCCAUAUGUACUUGGCCCUUGUUAAGGUGUUUAAUACUUAUAUCAGAAAAUACAUCCUUAAAUUCUGCAUUGUUGGCUGGGGGGUACCAGCUGUGGUUGUGAGCAUUGUGCUGAUUAUAUCCCCAGAUAAUUAUGGGCUUGGAUCCUAUGGGAAAUUUCCCAAUGGCACACCUGACGACUUUUGCUGGAUCAACAGCAAUGCGGUAUUCUAUAUUACAGUUGUGGGAUAUUUUUGUGUGAUAUUUUUGCUGAAUGUCAGCAUGUUCAUUGUCGUCCUGGUUCAGCUCUGUCGAAUUAAAAAGAAAAAACAACUGGGAGCCCAGCGAAAAACUAGUAUUCAAGACCUCAGGAGUAUUGCUGGACUUACAUUUUUACUGGGAAUUACUUGGGGCUUUGCCUUCUUUGCUUGGGGACCAGUUAACAUCACCUUCAUGUAUCUCUUUGCCAUCUUUAACACCUUACAGGGAUUUUUCAUAUUCAUCUUUUACUGUGUAGCAAAAGAGAAUGUCAGGAAGCAAUGGAGGCAGUACCUUUGUUGUGGAAAGUUACGGCUGGCGGAAAAUUCUGACUGGAGUAAAACUGCUACUAAUGGUUUAAGGAAGCAGACUGUAAACCAAGGAGUAUCCAGCUCUUCAAAUUCCUUACAGUCAAGCAGUAACUCCACUAACUCCACCACACUGCUAGUGAAUAAUGAUUGCUCAGUACACGCAAGCGGGAAUGGCAAUGCUUCUACAGAGAAGAAUGGGGUUUCUUUCAGUGCUCAGAAUGGAGAUGUGUGCCUUCAUGAUCUCACUGGAAGACAGCACAUGUUUAGUGAGACAGAAGAUUCCUGCAAUGGUAAAAGCCGGAUAUCUCUCAGAAGGACUUCAAAGCGGGGAAGCUUACACUUUAUUGAGCAAAUGUGA